AUGGAAUCCAACUCUAAUUUCAUAUCCAACUCUAAUUUCAUAUCUCACUCUCUCAAAAACACAUACACAAACUUAACAUCUCUCUGUCUACCAUGUUCAUCUUCAUCUGAUCAUCAUCUUCGUUAUGGUGAAGAUGUGAAACAAGAAACAACCAGCUUGGGGCGUGAACAAAUUGAUGUCAUUGGGGCAUUUCCACAAAUAGUUGGUGUGCUACUUAAGAAGAUCACCAUGAAAUCUUUGUUUUUACUUCUAAUUGAAAUCCAAAUUGGAGCUGAACUCAAUAUACACAAAUGUGCCAGUGUAAUCGAAGUUCUUGAUUUCUCGUGUAUCACUAAACCGCCACCGUCACUGUUUUCCACGCCUUCGGAUUGCCGUCGAUGGUUUCCGGCGAUUGAGCAGACUUUCGACUGUGGGUGGUUUAAUGCGGAAGGACGAAGAUCAGCAUCUAGGGUGGUUGUGUUGGCGGAAAUAGGUGGUAGUCAUCGGUAUGGUGGUGAGGUUAGGGCAGCGGAACCAAUUAAAGAAUGGAUCAACAUCACUAUUUGA